AUGUCUACAAUUUACAAUGUUGUACAUAUUCUCUUCACAACUAUUUCUCUCUCUCUCUCUUUUUUUCCCUAUCUAUCUAUAUAUUCAUCUAUCUAUCUAUCUCAUUCUGUUUCUAUCUAUCUAUCUAUCUAUCUAUCUAUCUAUCUUUCGCAGUCUCUUCACAACUAUCUUUCUUUCUUUCCUUAUCUAUCUAUUGAUCGAUUUCAUUUUGUUUCUGUCUAUCAAUCUAUUAAUCUAUCUAUAUAUCUAUUGCAGUCUCUUCACAACUAUCUCUCCCUCUUUCCUUAUCUAUCUAUCUAUCUAUCUAUCUAUCUUCUUUUCUCUUCACAACUAUCUCUCCCUCUUUCCUUAUCUAUCUAUCUAUCUAUCUAUCUCACUCUCUUCACAACUAUCUCUCACUCUUUCCCUAUCUAUCUAUCUAUCUAUCUAUCUAUCUAUCUAUCUAUCUAUCUAUCUAUCUCAGCUUAUUCAUUAUCUAUCUAUCUAUCUAUCUAUCUAUCUCAUUCUUGUUUUAUAUUCUAUCUAUCUAUCUAUUCCACUCUAUUCAUUAUCUAUCUAUCUAUCUAUCUAUCUAUCUAUCUAUCUAUCUAUCUAUGCCUGUCUAUCUAUCUCAUCUGUUCAUAUCUAUCUACCUAUUUAUCUAUUUCAGUCUGUUUCUCUCUCUUUCUCUCUCUAUCGAUCUAUUUAUUUCAGCCUAUUCAUAUCUAUGUCAGUCUUUUAUAUCUAUCUAUCUAUCUAUCUAUCUAUCUAUCUAUCUAUCUAUCUCAGUCUAUUUACAUGUAUCUACAUAUCUAUUUCUGUCUAUUUAUUUAUCACUCUAUCUAUUCAUAUUUAUCUAUCUAUCUAUCUAUCUAUCUAUCUAUCUAUCUAUCUAUCAGUCUAUUCAUCUAUCUAUCUAUCUCAGUCUCUUCAAUUAUCUAUCUAUCUAUCUAUCUAUCUAUCUAUCUCAUCUGUUCAUAUCUAUCUAUCUAUCUAUCUCAGUCACUUCACAUCCUUCUAUCACUUUCAAUCUCUUCAGAUCUAUUUCAGUCUGUUCGCAUCUAUUUCAGUCUAUAUCUAUCUAUCUAUAUCUAUCUAUCUAUCUAUCUAUCUAUCUUAGUUUAUUUACAUGUAUCUAUAUAUCUAUUUCUGUCUGUUCACAUCUAUCACUCUCAGUCUAUUCACAUCUGCAUUUCUAUCUAUCUAUCUAUCUAUCUAUCUAUCUAUCUAUCUAUCUAUCUAUCUAUCUAA